UUCUGAACCCCAUCUGCUAUUGGGAUUUGGAGGAGUAGAUUGGUCAGGCAGUGUGGUUUAGAUCGCAGACAAGUUUUUUUUUUUCUUUUUCUUUCAUUCUGCGAACGGAACAUAUGAGGCUCUGCCUUUGCCCGUCUCUCUCUCUCUCUCUUUCUCUCUCUCUCUGUCUCUCUGAAAAGGCAACUUGUAAAAGAGCAUGCAAGGCAGGGCAAGCCUGGUGUUGAUCUACAUGUCAUUUAUCGAGUGAGACACUAUGGAGAAAAUACUGUGAAGAACAAAGGAUACAGGUUACCUGGGAAUGUUUCUAAAAAAACGGAGUGCUGAGAAUGCAAUGUAGAAAGGUGAAGGAUACCUAAAUCAAGAAAGUGAAGGCCUGCUGUUGGUCUUUUAAAAGUCUGGAAUUAAUGAGUUUUAGUGACUGAGCACAGAGUUUUUACUUCACUGGGCAUUCAUUUUUGUAUUUUUAUAAACAAUGCGGUCUGAUCCUGUUGUGCUGUCUUCAAGAGCAAUGGAGGAGCUUGUCCUGGAGUUGCCUCUCUUUCUAGAACUCCUUGAUCGUGAAUACCUGAGUGCUGCCGUGAGGGACAAAAAAAAUGUUAUUGCCAAUCUACUGCACAGGAUACAAGCAAACAAAGAUCAUCAUCAAAAGUCUGAGGUGUCUAACUGCCUGCCAGCUCCACCACAAAUGCCACUCCCUGAAAUCCCUCAUCAGUGGCUGCCUCCAGAUAAUGGACCUCCCCCUUUACCCAGUACCUCACUUCCUGAAGGAUAUUAUGAAGAGGCAGUACCACUUAGCCCUGGUAAAGCACCUGAAUACAUCACAUCACAUUAUGAUUCUGAUGCAAUGAGCAGUUCUUAUGAAUCUUAUGAUGAAGAGGAGGAAGAUGGAAAAGGGCAGAAAAUGAGACACCAGUGGCCUUCUGAGGAAGCUUCUAUGGACCUGGUUAAAGAUGCUCGGAUCUGUGCCUUUCUGCUGCGCAAAAAGAGAUUUGGACAGUGGACAAAGCUAUUAUGUGUUAUCAAGGAUAAUAAAUUACUGUGUUAUAAAAGCUCCAAAGACCAAGCACCACAGAUGGAGCUUGUGCUCACUGGCUGUAGUAUUACACAUAUCCCUAAAGAUGGAAAGAAAAAAAAGCAUGAACUAAAAAUUACACACCAAGGAGCUGAUGCCCUAGUGCUAGCUGUGCAAAGCAAGGAGCAAGCAGAAGAAUGGUUAAAGGUAAUCAGAGAUGUCUGCCACAGUUGCAAUGGAACCUUUGAUUCUGAUGGGACUGCUUCUAGUUCACCAGUUCACAAAAAUGAAUUGGAAAAGAAGUUCUCUUAUGAAAAACCAUGCUCCGAUGGUGAGGUAAAUCAUGAAAAUGGAGUGAUAGAUGGGAGAGAGCAUGUGAAAGGGAAAAAGAACACAAAGGCUGAGCAAAAAGGUACUGUUGGUAAAGUCACAGGAAAAAAAAUCACAAAAAUUAUUGGCCUGGGAAAGAAGAAACCAUCAACAGAUGAGCAGACAUCAUCUGCAGAGGAAGAUGUGCCAACAUGUGGAUAUCUGAAUGUAUUGUCUAAUAACCGCUGGAGAGAACGCUGGUGUCGAGUGAAAGAUAACCAAUUAAUUCUUCAUAAGGACCGAGCAGACCUUAAAACUCACAUGGCCUCUAUUCCACUGAGGGGUUGUGAAGUAAUACCAGGCUUGGAUUCCAAACACCCUUUAGCAUUCCGAUUGCUUCGCAACUUACAAGAAGUGGCUGUGCUAGAGGCUUCGACAUCUGAGGGAAUGGGAAGAUGGUUGGGAGUUUUGCUAGCUGAAACUGGUUCAUCCACAGAUCCUGCUGCUCUUCACUACGACUACAUUGAUGUGGAAACCACAGCAAAUGUAAUACAGUUGGCAAAGCAGUCUUUCUGCUUCACAAAUAAACGUGCUGUAUCACCAAACCCUUACUUAGAUAAUCCCAUCAAUGGUUAUUCAUGCCCAUCCGGACUAGCACUCCACUACGAUGAUGUCCCAUGUGGAAAUGGAUCGGACCCAGAGGACACAUAUUCAGCUCCUACUAACAGAUGUUGGAGGGAAGAGGGGCUAUAUGAAAAUGCUGAACUUUAUGAAAACUCAUCACCUCCAAAGCUUGCAUCCCACUUCUCCACUAAGCCUACCAGGAAUUCUUCUGCUGAAAAACUGACUACUAACCAUUAUAAAUCUCCUGUCUCUUCUAAACUGUCUUCUGCUUCAUCUAUUACUAACACGUCUGUGGGGGCACGGGGUUCUGCUGAGUCCGCCUCACAGCUCAAAGGAAAGAAGGUCCCCAUCAGCAAUGGACUGACAACAAAACAGAAGGUGGACAGACCUCAGCAGAAGAAAGCAAAUGGGAAUGUACCAAUUAAACGCACUAACUCGAAUACAGACCAGUACAAAUAUGGUAAGAACCGGGUAGAAGCAGAUGCCAAAAGACUUCAAAUUCAGGAAGAACAAUUGAUGAAAAAGAAGCAGGAUCUACGGAAUAAGCUUUCACAACUAAGAAAAGAAAAAAAGGAUGUUCGAGCUGCAAUAGAAGCAAAUACAGGCAGAAAAUCUCAGGCUAUUCUUGAGGAGAAACUAAAAAGACUUGAAGACGAGUGCAAGAAGAAAGAGCAAGAACGAGUUAAUCUAGAAUUGGAACUCACAGAAGUGAAGGACAGUCUAAAGAAAGCCCUGAAUGGAGGAAUCACACUGGGGCUGACCAUUGAGCCAAAGUCAGGCACCUCAAGCCCUCAGUCACCAGUGUUUCUACGCCGCACUGUGGAGAAUUCCCCAGUCUCCAGCUGUGAUACGAGUGAUACUGAACCCUCCAUGCUUCCUGUUAACAGUGCUGCCAUUCUGAAAAGACAACCCCCUCAGAAAGCCUCUCCAGGACGAGGUCACGUACUUCGGAAGGCCAAGGAAUGGGAAAUGAAAAGUGGAACAUAAGGAUUACUUUUAAUACCAUGUGAUUUCCCAUGAAGAAAAAAUGAAACAAAUGAAGAUCCAUCGGACAGAAGAAAGGCUGUUAAUAUUACUAGGUGUAUUUUAUGGCACCAGUAAUGUUUCUACAUAUCUGCACUUUGUGCUUUCCCAUUUUAAAGUCUGUGGUUCAUUUUUUCCGUGAUGUAAAUAACGAGUCAUUCCUUUGAAUUAAGUAAGAAAUUCCAAAAAAUGACAUAUCUUAAAUUUUAAUAACAGGAGUAAAAUUGGGUGCGGGGUCAACAAUUAUUUAUUUGUAAAUGUUUUAAUAAAUGUUAGGUUUCCUUUAUUAUUUAUAUUGAGAUAUAUUUAAUGAUUCAGUAAAUUUGACUUCCCAAGGAACACAUUUGUUCAUAGACAUUAAUAUAAACACUGUCGUAAAGAGUUUAAAAGUGACCGUCUCUUUAUCAAAUUUGAAAAGCUUCUAUCCCAUAAUGACUGCAUUUUUUACAGAACAGAGAUUUGUGACACAAUUAUCUUAAAGCAGCCAAACAACAAAGUGGUAAUAAGGUAAAAUGAUAGUGAGAUUUUUUUUUAAAUUUAAAAAUGGCAUCUUUUAGAUUCUGGAAAAUCAUGGAUCAUCAGUUUCUGGCUGUGACCUCCAGCUCCGCUCUGUUAUGCCAAGCAAUGCCUUAAAUAUACACAUUUCAGCCAGUAUACAGUAUGUCCUUGAUAUUUAGAUGUGACUUCCAGUGCCACGUUCCUGACUUCUGCUCAGGUUCUUUUGCCAUUGUCAGUAUUGCAUUGCCUCUGCAUAACUUCUCAGUGCUCAGUUUAUAGUAGGAGUAGUCAGAACUAGAACUGAAAAGCAUUACGGAUCAGCAAUGGACGCAGUAUUUGAACCUAAGCUGAACUUGUGUCCUAAUGUGGCAGGUAAGAACAGUUACAUUUUUUAUAUGAUCUGUCAAAGCUGGAAAACUGUUUAUUAGUUUUGUUCAUACCUUCAUAUUCUGGCCCUGUCCUGUCCUUGAAGCACAUCCCAGCAGUAGUGGACUUUGCAUCUGUCCAGUGCAGUCAUUCACAUUUACAGUUGUUGGUAAAGCUAAACUGCUUGUCCUUGCAUUGAGAGAGGAAACAGUUGUUCCUGAUGAUAAGACACGUAGAUUUGGGGAGAACAAGCAGACUGCAUUAAUGUUGCUCUCAAGGUGUCAUUUUAGCCCAAGACACUGACUACUGCUUUAUUUUGCCUGUUAUUAGUAUGUGCUGACGUCAGUUCUUCCAUCUUGUAUCAUUUAGGUUAUCUGACAAAAGAGCCCUUAUAUUACUGAUCUUCACUUUGGCACUGAGUGCCAUGAGUUGUCAGUACAAAUCAGAAUGCCGGUCUGAAUUUUGCAGCCAUGUGGGAGCUUAAGAAGUACACUUGCAUGGCUUUGUGUAAGUGAAUUUAGCAGCAAGAAACCUGUUUUGUUGUUUGUCAUAUCCAGUUAGCCUGUAAGCCUGAGUGGACAGAGUCCACUAUGGUUCAUGUUCUCUUUUUUUUUUACUGCAGCAAGAGAGAAUUCUAUUUUUGGCUUUGCUGUAAGUACAGUUUUCACACAACUGCUCCCCACUUUGCGCAGUAUGACACAUGAGUGGCCCAUUCUGUUUUUUCCAGUGCCUUUCUUCAAGACUCUCAUCUGAACUGUUGGUGCAGCAGAUUGAGUUGGCCUUGUCACUCCAUGUUUGAGGCGUAAAUCCCACUGAUUAACAAAAAAGUUACUUUAAGUGCAAUGAAAGUGUCACUUAAUGGCAGGACAAGGCCGAAAUGAUCCCUUUUCUCUAAGGCCUCAUGAUUGAAUCAGAAGUGAAAUGUCAUUCUAUGCCAAAAGGUGAAGUGAGUUACCAAUAAAGUAAAAACCAAAUGAACUCUCAAAAGCAGAGUAGCUCUUAUACUGUACUGAAGCAAUAAAAACAUUUUCCUUUUAUAAACGUUUUAUGUAAGAUUCCAGGAGAAUGAUAAGAAUAAUAUUUAUAAUGUUUGGUGUUUCCUGCCAAAUGACUUCAUUGUAGUCUAAUUAUUUCAGUUUGUUGUUUGACAUGUUUUUGAUGAUAGUUUUCAAGAUUUUCAAUAUGGAUUACUUUAUGGAGUUGUUAUACUAUAAUAGGUCAGUAGUUUUUGAGCCUGCCAUGUGGCCAUUACACUUUUUUAAGAGCAUAUAAAAAUAACUGUUGGCAAUAACAUGGAACAUAAAACAAUCAAAAGCAAAAAGUAAGUUGAAUGCCUCAGCUCAAAUGGUUCUGGACUGAAAAACUGAAGGCACUGGCUGAGGAAGGCCUGAAGUGCUUCACAGUCAGUCAAAGUUCUGUUUCAGGGGUGACUUCAGUGUAAAAUGUGAAACAGUGUAAAUAGCUGGAAACUGAAGCUUUUUUUUUUCUUUGCACCUUAUUCCUGUUGUAUUUCUUCUUUUAUAUGGAAAGACAGACACCAACUUGGUGGCAAGCAUUUAUGUGUGUAAUGUUAUCAAUUAAAAAAGGAGAAAAGA